GGGGAGAGCUAUGUUUCCUAGCUCCAGAUGGUCGUACAUCUUCGGCCAGGACAAAUCGUAGCAUUUGCCUCAUGUUUAUUACUCCAUGGCAAUUUUUCAUUUAUAAAAAGGCUGGUAUUGAAAAAGGUAGUGGGCCAAUAGUUUCUAAGCAGAACCUUAAUAAUGCUCAAGGUUUAAACCAUCGUGAGCAACUUUCCAAACCGAAAGCAAAACAAAUACAGAUCCCUUCCACUAUAUCUGAUCGGAGACAAGGAUAUAUAG